AUUUGUGAAUUUCUUCGUGGUUCAGACUCCCCUCUCACCAAUCACCAUCACGUUAGCUCGCUGCAGUCUCCCUCCCUCACCCCCUGUUUCUCCUCUCUCACUCUUUACAGAAUGGCGAUUUCAUUGUCGACUGCGUCACCGUCAAGAGGAUGGGUGAGAAGUAUCUCCUCCAUGGCAUCUCGGAUAUAUUUCUUCCUAAUCAUUCUUCAGAUCCCUCUUUUCAGGAUUCCAUGCCGAUGUGGUAUGUGCUCAACCCCAAUUCACGUUACAUCUUCCCAGUUAAUUGCAAGUGAGAUCUUUCCUGUUGCGGUAGUGAAGGCCCUUCUCUACCCUGGAGCCAUUGCAAAUGGCCUUGUCAGGAACAUGACUGUUCCUGCAUGGGACAAUCUGUUAAACAUCUAUAACUUGACCAAUGCUAAGGAAGCCUCUGCAAUCACGGAUCUUCAGCGCCUAGAGGUUCUUGCAGGAAGUUACUUCUGUGUGGCAGGAGCUCUGGCCGGUAUUCUAAAACCUGGAAAGAUGAGCAUGUUUGGGACACUUCUGGUAAUUUGGGGUCUUGUCAAGGAAGGGAUCUUAGGAAAGCCAGCAAACACAGAUCCUACGAAAGCUGUGUACGUUUAUCCUACAAUGUUGAUUGCCCUAAUUUGUGCUUUAUCAUCUAUAAAAAAUGAUGCAAAGAAAAUUACGAAGAGUGCCCUUACACGAUCAGUUGCAAGACCACUCCAGAGCUCUUCAAAAUCUAAGCUGAAAUGAUAUGAAAUUCAAUACCGCUGUGUGUGAAGAAUUGUUCUCUGUUGUUACUUUGACACAAGAUAGAAGCUGAAAUUGCAGACAUUUACAAAAACCUAUACUUAUUUCAAAUAUAUCAUUUAUUUUCCA